GUUGGACUGAAAGUACUGCAGGACUAACUUCAGACGCUCCAUGACUUAACAGCAGCUUUGGUAGCAAAGACCACCAACCUUCAGACGAUCCCAUUUGCUUGGUAUAUCAUGCACAGUGAGGACUAUGAGGGGCAAGUCAAAGAAAAAGGAGACAUGAAGACUUUUGACUUCAUACACAUGAUUCAGAUGAUCUACUAUGUGGAUAACCUCGCUGACACCAUCAAGUUCUACCAUAGCCUUCUGAAGAACAAUGGCAGGCUUAUGAUCAUCAUUGGAGCAGAUAACAGUGGCUGGGACGUCCUGUGGACUUACACAAAGGAGCUCUGCGUUGGUGCCAUCACAGAGUGGCGCUUAUCAAGAGAGGUUAUUUCCUGCCUGAAGAGCCAGGGUCUGAAAUAUGAGGAGCACGUGAUUGCCAACACCUUCAACAUCACAAUCAAUCCAAGCAGCCAGACUGUCCAGUCUGCUGAAUUUCUUUAA